GGUUAGGGUUAGAUUAGGGUUUAGGGCUAAGGUUAGGGUUUUUGGGUUAGAUUGGGGUUAGGGUUAGGUUUGGUUAGGGUUAGAUUAGGGUUUAGGGUUAGGUUAGGAUUAGGGUGCUAACAUGCGAUCGGUUUACAUCGGAUUUUAGAGAUGUGUCUACUUACAGGCUACAACCCUAACCACUAACCCUAUGAACGAGUUUCUAUAUAAUAUGCAUUAUGAAUUCAGAGCCUCUGAACCUUUAUCAAACCUUAACAAGUUUUUAAAUCAUGUAAAAGAAGAAUAUCCACUGUAAUUCAUUACUUACAAUAUAUUCUCACUUUAUACCAACUGUCUUCUGAUUGGCUAAUAAUUGUCAAGGUCACUUAAGAUUCGUUCAAAGCUCGUCCUUAAAUUAGAGUCUCGCCCUCUUUCGUUUGGAAAAAACAACAAAAACUGCAGCUUAACAUUACCAAUACAACGUUUAGACGGGGACUUGGUUUAAACCUUUGUUUGAUAUUCGAUUCUUAAUGAAAGUUCUUGAAUAAAGUUUUGAAUCUAAUGCUACUUUGUCUUAUCUACUUAAUCGUUGCAAGAAACUUGUGAUAAGCGAGCCUCUCAGCACCUAGUUCAUGUGUUCAAAUGGUUGUGGACGGAAUGGAAGGAGCUUUCGCUUAACAGGCUUCCGUGUCUAGUAGCAGAGGGUCACCAAAACCUCCAGGCAGGAACCUAGAUAUGAUUUGGCUACACGAGUUCGCGCUUGGGUCAAAACAGAUUUAGAUAUCCAAAUCAGUAUGGAUGCUGUUAAGUAUCAUUUGAGUCAUUUUAUGGAUUCGCGUAAAACACUUUGUGGUCGUUUAUGCACGAUCGAAGCCAAAAUAAAGUUGCCGACAAGACGGUCAACCUUAUGAUAUGUAUAUUGAAGAAGUGAACAGUCUAACUGAAUCGAUUCAAUGUCAAACACAAGUGAUUAGCGAUUUGCAACAAAAACUUAUGGAUGCCGGUGAAAGAUCGUCGACAGAUGCCUCCGGUCCACCUGAUUCGACUGGUCAAAUGCUCUCGUCUCGUUUAUGCCAACUACAUAACAUCCAAGAAGCACGAAUAGCUUUGAAAUAUCUAUUCAGACAAUGCACGAGUUUUACGUUUGGGACGUAAUAUAACGGGAAAUCCAGAUGGUGGUCCCAUAACAGUUGCAGGAUUUUCUACUGAACUGACUAUUUGACUGUUUUGCGAUGAUGAAUCUGAACGAUUUUUGCGUAGACCUAAUACACAGUGACAAUGUGAUGGGACACACGGACGACCAGAACGUUUACAACUACACCGUGCUUGACAUGUUCCUCGGAAUUUACAUCGACGUUUAUGUUAAUCUGCAUCAGAUUUUGACUGAUUAAUGGAAAUAAAAAUGAAUUUAUUUAAUAACUAUUUAACAUCACUAUGAAUAUGUACAAAUAUUGUUAAGUAAAUAUUUCGACAUUAAACUGUAAAGUGAACUCACUCUUGAACUGCCCACCCAGAACACACUUUAUAUCACAUCUCAAUUCACGUUUCCAUGUCAAAGAGUAAAUGGUUGACAGUUAUGAUUAAACUUACAGGAAGUAUGAAAUAGCUCACGUCAGAAUCAUAAAGAGAUAGAAUAUGUACGAUAUAUGUAUACCUGAUUUCAAUCACAGAGACCAUUCCGUUCUAAGAAAACAGUUUGGGCUUAUCUUAGAUGAUGUAUUCAUGUCAUAUGUGGGAAAAUAUGACGAGCGAGCUUAUUAGUGCGGCAACUCUAUAUAGAAGAUGCAUGGAUGAUAUUCUAAUUAUAUGUGAUAAGGAUUUUGAUGUUUACCGAUUAUUGGAUAAAUUCAAUGGUGUUCAAGAUGAUAUUGUGAUGACAUAUGAAUCAGAAAGUAAUGGCCAAUUAGCCUUUUUAGACAUACUUUUAAGUCGAAGAGAUGAUGGCACUGUUAGACGGUCAGUG